CGGGGGACACAUGACUCCAGAAGAAUUCGCCCCCACCGCUCCUCCUUUGUUAACGGAGGGUUUCAGGAGCGUAACCGCGGCUGGGAGCGCCAGUGGAGCGGCGCACCAGCAGAGCCGGAGAUGUCGGAACCAGCCGCCAACCCCGCUGCCACCUCCUUCCCGGCGCCCAUCCUCUCUCUGCCGCUGGGUCUGGAGGUCCUGAGGACCUACUCCGGAGCCCUGGUCUCCCUGGAGAUAUUGUUCGGGGGCCUGGUGUGGAUCCUGGUGGCCUCCUCUCACGUUCCCGUGCCACUGCUUCAAGGAUGGGUGAUGUUUGUGUCCGUCACCAGCUUUGUCUUCUCGUCCUGCUACCUGGCCGUCCUCAUCACUGGCCUGGCCGCGCGCAUCCACACGGACUGGAACUUUUUGGACGUCUUUUACCAUUUCCUCGCUCUGCUCUUCUACUUUGCUGCCUUCGUGCUGCAGGCCGCGGCGACCGCAGCUAACGGAGGGGUCAUCGUGCAGCGACAGGCCAACGCCACCAACACCCUGAUGUGUGUCCCCUACCCCCGAGGCAACAUCUUGGCUCUCAUGUGCGGGAAUCAAUACAGUAUUAACGUGGCCGCCACGGUACGUGAGAACAGAGAACACACCGUAACUCCAGCAACAUCUAGAGGGAAAAGAGGAGUCACCAAUAGAGUUUAACACACCACACAUUUAGAGGGUUGUGACCGGAUCUCUUCAGCAAAGGGCAACAGGAUUAUUAUUCAUUCCGUUUAAUUUGGGAAAUUAUUAUUAUUAUUAUAUUGUAUUGUAAAUAUUAUCAUUUAUCAAGUGGCUUUUGAAAGAAGCAGUUAUAUGGUCAAAAUAGUUUUCAUUUUGAGGGGAAAAGGUUUUAAAAUUGAAUGUAUUUUUUAGACAGUGAACGUCUGCAUUUGUAUAUAUAUAUAUGUACAUAUAUAUUGUACAUAUAUACAUAUAUAUGUACGUAUGUGUAUAUAUGUACGUAUGUGUAUAUAUAUAUGUAUGUAUGUGUAUAUAUAUAUAUAUAUAUAUAUAUUGUCAGUUGUUUUUGUGUGUAAUUUAAGGCUUCAACAUGAAGGCUACAACAUUUUAAAUGUAAACACAAUGUAGAAAAUAAAUACUCUUGGUGAGAAAUAAGUCAUAUAAAGUGCAAUAAAUACAUGAAAUCUACAUUGAAAACUAUAAUUUAGACGGCUUUAACAUGUUGUAUUUUGCAGCAUCACUCUCACCUCUUAAGGGCCAUGUGGCCAUUCGACGUCUUGCAUUUUUUAUAGUCUGUAUGGCCGCCACUAAUAAUAAACAGUUCACGUUAAUGCUCAGAGGUUUGAGUCAGUUUUUUUAAUUUUUUAUUUCAGCUUGAUCAUUUGAAGAUGA